AACUCCGCCCCCGCCUCCCGAGGCCACGCCUCGCCGCUUCGGCUGCAAACUUUAGCCUCCCUGAAGUUGUGGAGGUGUCUGGGGCCCCAAUGAGGUCGUGGACAAAAAAGGGGCUGGGUAAAUAAGUAGGCGAGGCGCCGCCGGGCCGGGGAUGGAAGCCGAGAGUGGGAGGCGGCGUUUCCUCCUCCCCGCGCAAGGCCCCUCGGAGUCCGGGUCCUCCCGCUCCCCGCCAGCGCCGAAGUUUGUCUGCAGCGAGGCCCUUGAAGGGCUGGCCCGCCACACGUGAGCGGCUCCAGGAAGCCCGCGCCGGACAGCCCGCCCUGACGCUCGCCCGUACCCGCCGGAGGCGACCACCCCGGGAGGCUGGAGAGGGGGCCCCGCCUGGCCGGGGUCGGCGGCAGUGGCAGUUUCAGGGUCAGGUGCGGCGGCUGGAGCCCUUUUGGAAGAGGGGCUGCUCUCCACGAGCAGGGGCUUGAGCAGGGAGUGAGGAGUUGACUUGCACUGGAGCACUUCGUCCCUGCCUCACUGGAUGCCAUGAGUUGCCAAAAGUGAGCCUGGCCUUUUCGGUUUCCCUAGGUGUGACCAAGGCUGCCAGCUGACAGGCAGAGCUGCUGUAGAGCCUCAGUAUUGUGGUUAAGAAAUAAGGAGGCUUGUGGCUUCAGUCAUCCUUUGUAGCUCCCUUCUAGGUCACUGUGUGUGUAAACACCUCUGGCCACUCCUUCUGGGUCAGAGCACCCAAGCUGCCUUGGGGUGCGGCGUGGGGACACAGAGCCAUGUCGGACCUGCUACUACUGGGCCUCAUUGGGGGCCUCACUCUGCUACUGCUGCUGACUCUGUUGGCCUUCGCUGGGUACUCGGGACUGCUGGCUGGGGUGGCAGUGAGUGCUGGCUCGCCCCCCAUUCGCAAUGUCACUGUGGCCUACAAGUUCCACACGGGGCCCUACAACGAGACAGGGCGGCUCUUCACCGAGAGCUGCAGUGUGUGCCCCAGGCUCCGCUCCAUCGCCGUCUACUACGACAGCCCGCAUGUGGUCCCCCCGGAGAAGUGCCGCUGUGCGGUGGGCAGCAUUCUGAGUGAAGGUGAGGAGUCGCCCUCCCCUGAGCUUAUCCAGCUCUACCAGAAAUUUGGCUUCAAGGUGUUCUCCUUCCCGGCACCAAGCCACGUGGUGACGGCCACCUUCCCCUACACCACCGCCCUGUCCAUCUGGCUGGCUACCCGCCGUGUUCAUCCUGCCCUGGACGCCUACAUCAAGGAGCGGAAGCUGUGUGCCCACCCUCGGCUGGAGAUCUACCAACAAGACCAGAUCUACUUCAUGUGCCCACUGGCACGACAGGGAGACUUCUAUGUGCCUGAGGUGAAGGAGACAGAGCGGAAAAGUCGGGGGCCUGCCGAGGCCAGUGACACGCAGGUGGACGACACAGGAGCUGACACAGUGAGUGACACGAGUUCUGUAAGCCUGGAGGUGGGUCCUGGCAGUCGGGAGACUUCAGCGGCUACACUGUCCCCUGGGGUGAGCGGCCGUGGCUGGGAUGACGGCGACACCCGCAGCGAGCACAGCUACAGCGAGUCGGGCGCCAGUGGGUCGUCCUUUGAGGAGCUGGACCUGGAAGGCGAGGGACCCCUGGGGGAGCCAAGGCCGAGUCCUGAGUCGGAGCCCCUGGGGACCCCCAAGUGGCCCCGGGAGCUCAGUACCCCUGAGAAGGGCGAAGAGUAACCCAUGGCCCGCGCCCUCCUUUGGGGCAGUCACUGAGGAACUGAGUAGACUCUUCAGCCCUCUUCCUCCUUCACCUUCCGGCCAGGCUGGGACCCCGACUUCCGCCGCCGGCCUCUAGCUAAGCCUUCUCCUCACUGCCCUCCUGGCUCCCAGGGCCGGGGAGGCCGUGGACUGUUUUCUGCAGCCAGCCCCUGGGCUGCUGCCUCUGUUACAUCUUUUUUCAGAUUCUCAUUGGAGCUUCCAGGACUCGGAAUAAAACAAAUGAUUUUCUUGUUUCACCUGGA